AUGAAUAGUUCAUCUCAAAAUCAACAACAAUUUGAAACUAUACAAUCAUGUAGUAUCAUACUAUCAUCGAUUGCAGAGGUUCUAAAAGACACAUCGAGCAAACAUUACAAUCUAUCUAAAAUACUUGUAAAUAAUAAUACUGAAUCUUCUGAUAUUAGAGUUAUAUUGGAAUACUUGGAUAUUAAUCAUCCAAUAGCAACCUUUAUAAAGAAUUAUAUUCAAUCUAUACAAGAUGUCUAUUACUAUAAUAAUGGUCUAUUGAAAUAUGCAAUCAUAUUGGCAUCUACUCUGCUAAAGAGAUCUUUACCUCUAUUGCAACGAGGUUUAGAUUUAAAUAGUGUCAUACAAGGUUGUCGUAUCUCUAUUCAAUUGAUUCAACACUAUUUACAAUCAAAAGAGUUUAUUGAUCAAUACAACAAACACCAACCAUUACAAUUACAAUCAUCAUCAUUACAUCAAAUCGUAUUAGAAUCAAUUGAAAAGAAUGAUUAUAAACAAUUAAUAGAUAUAAUUAUAAUUGAUGAAAUGGAAAGGUCUAAAGGAGGAGGAGUUGAUGAUAUUGGUAAAAAAGCAAUGUCUACAAUUAUAAAUCAAUCAAUCAUAGAACUAAAAUCAAAUAACAAGGAUAUAAAAUGGUCUCAAUUACAAGAUUAUUUUAUGUUUAUAAAGGAUGAUGAUGAAUCAUCUUUGGACUCUUCUUCCUCUUCAUCUCCUCCAUCAUUUCUAUAUAAUAUCAAUAAUAUUAUAAAAUCUAUUGAUGGAAUGAUUUAUCCUUUAAUACCUUGUAAUCAUAUUAUCAACAAUAAUAAUAAUAAUAAUAGUAGUAAUAGUAAAAAAUGGAGAAUAUUAUUUUAUAAUGUUGCAAUUGAAAAGAGUAAAAGUAAAAGAUUAAAACAAGAAGAAAUAAUGUAUCAAACAUUGGAACAAAUAGAAACAUGGAAAAAGGAUGAAGAAAGAGAAUGGAAAGAUUAUGUUGAGAAUACAAUCAAACAUAAUAAUAUUGAUAUAGUAAUGACUAUUGGAGAGGUGGAUCCUAUUGCUCUUCAUUAUUUCAAUCUAAACGAUAUACAACUAUUUAAAAAUGUAAACCCUACAAUACUAAAACAACUUGCUAAAUAUUCCUCAACAUCUAUAUUACUCGAUCUGAAUAAUAACACUGAUAAAUCAACAACCACAACAACAACAAUCUCUUUUGGUACAAUCGAUACAGUUAAAAAAUAUUCAAACAACAACAACAAUAACAAUUAUUACUAUUUUCAUACAAACAAUAACAAUACGAUUAAAACAAUUAAAAUUAAAGAGAAUAAUCAUAAAUAUCAACAAUUAAAAAAGUAUGGAGAAACAAUAUUAUAUAAUCUAUCAACAUUUAUAAACAAUGAAAAAAAAGAAGAAGAAGAAGAAGAGGAGGUUAUCUAUUUUAAUGAUAAUAUUUCCAAUCUAUUAUCAAAUCAUUUAAAAGAUAGAAUAGAGGAUUAUGAUGACACUAGGAGAUUUACAAUACAAACAUUUAUAGAUUCAUUAUCACAAACCUCUACACCUACUUCUUCCUCUUCUCCAUUUAUAAACAACAAUAUUUUAAAAAAGGUUUAUCAAGAUGGAAUUAAUCUUGUCAUCCUAUUAUUAAAUGCAAUUUUAUUCGCGACGAUUGUGUCGGUAUUGGAUGGAUGGGAUCCCGAAAAAAAAUGA